AUGGUCGAUCAAGCUAGAAAUGCUGGUGCUCCCGCCUUCCACUUCGACCCCAAUGCUACUAUAGAAGAAAAGCGUUCUCAGGUCGCUGCCGCUAUCCCUCCCGAGCUUCAGCAUCUUAGACGGAACAAGGCUACGGCCAUCGCAACGGAUGUCGAUGACGGUACUGGCCCGGAUGAAGAGCUCCCGGAACCGACAAAAGAAGGUGUUGUCGAAGUGAGCAAGGAUGAACAGAGCAAAACUCUAGCCAAUGGGGACGCUGCCGAGGUCCCAUACUCGCGAACAGGCUGGGCUCCUCAGAUUGGAUGGCCUGUCGAGAGCGCGCUUGAGGCUGAGAGCCUGCUCGAUCACACUACAUGGGUUGAAAGCCAGCUGCCGGAUCAUCUGUUUGGAGAUUGGUACCACAACACCGGCGUUAUUAUCUUCGCAUGUAUUGCCUCAUGGCUUGUAGCGGUUUUCGGUGGCGGUCUCGGCUGGGUAAUCAUGGUCAUGGCAAUUUGCGGCACCUACUAUCGGACUUCCUUGAGACGAGUGCGCCGGAACUUUCGUGAUGACAUCACCCGAGAGAUGGCCCUUAAGAGGCUCGAGGCUGAUCACGAAUCUCUUGAGUGGAUCAAUUCAUUCAUGGUCAAGUUUUGGCCUAUCUACCAGCCCGUCCUCGCCCAAACCAUCGUCAACACUGUCGACCAAGUGCUAUCCUCUGCGACACCGGCUUUUCUGGACAGUCUCAAACUCAAGACCUUCACGCUGGGUACUAAGCCCCCCCGCAUGGAGCAUGUGAAGACGUACCCCAAUGUUGGAGACGAUAUUGUUAGAAUGGACUGGAAAUUCAGCUUCACGCCCAAUGACACCACCGAUAUGACUAAGAGGCAGAUCAAGAACAAAAUCAACCCCAAAGUUGUACUGGAAAUCCGAGUCGGAAAGGCCAUGAUCAGUAAAGGCCUUGACGUCAUUGUCGAGGAUAUGGCCUUCUCGGGUAUCAUGCGACUCAAUAUCAAGCUGCAGAUUCCUUUCCCCCACGUCGAGAAGAUUGAAAUGUGUUUCCUGGAGAAGCCAACCAUUGACUAUGUUUGCAAGCCCCUCGGUGGUGAGAGCUUUGGUUUUGAUAUCAAUUUCAUUCCGGGUCUGGAAAAAUUCAUCUUGGAACAGAUUCAUGGCAACCUAGCGCCCAUGAUGUAUGCUCCUCACGUCUUCCCUAUCGAAGUCGCCAAGAUGCUUGCGGGAUCACCCGUCGAUCAGGCCAUUGGUGUGCUCGUCGUGACACUUCACGGAGCACACAACCUCAAGAAUACCGAUAAUUUUGCGGGCACCGUUGAUCCAUACGCCGUUCUUACUCUCAACCGCCGCCAAGAACUUGCGCGAACGAAAACUAUCGACGAUAAUCCCAACCCGAGAUGGAAUGAAACUCACUAUAUCAUUGUUACUUCUUUCAACGACACUCUGGACAUUCAGGUCUUCGACAAGAAUGGCUUCCGCAAAUCCAAAGAAUUGGGUGUGGCGUCUUUCCCCUUGGAGAGAAUUGAGGAACUUCAUGUGUACGAAAACGAACGCCUCGAAGUUCUCGCUGCCGGCAAAAACCGUGGUGUGGUCUCUUGCGACCUCCGUUUCUUCCCAGUCCUCGAAGGCCUGAAAGGCGAAGAUGGCAAAGUGGAGCCUCCUCCGGUCUCCAAUCAGGGUAUUCUGCGCUUCACUGUUGAGCAGGCCAAAGACUUGGAUGGAACCAAAAGUCUCGUCGGCCUUCUCAACCCCUAUGCUGUCAUGUUCCUCAACGGUAAGGUCAUCCACCAGACAAAGAAGCUUAAGCGAGUCAACAACCCCAUCUGGGACAAUGGUUCCAAGGAAAUUCUCAUCACAGAUCGCAAGAGGGCAAAACUUGGCGUUACUAUCAAGGAUGACCGAGACCUUGCCUCUGAUUUGACCCUCGGAAAAUACCAGAUUAAGCUCGAUGACCUACUGGAAUGCAUGGAACAAGGUAAAGAAUGGUAUCACCUCGCAGGCGCUCAAACCGGCCGCGUCAAGAUGAUGGCGCAGUGGAAGCCAGUGGCCAUUUCAGGCGUAGCUGGCACCGGUGGCUACAUCACACCAAUUGGCGUCAUGAGGCUUCAUUUCCAGAAGGCAAAUGAUCUCCGUAACUUUGAAGCUUUUGGCAAAUCCGAUCCAUAUGUCCGAGUUCUUCUUUCUGGUAUUGACAAGGCGCGAACGGUAACUUUCAAGAAUGACCUGAAUCCUGUAUGGGAUGAAGUUCUCUACGUUCCUGUUCAUUCUGCUCGAGACAGACUCACUCUUGAGGUAAUGGACGAGGAGAAGGUUGGCAAAGAUCGUUCCCUCGGAUUGUGUGAAGUUUCUGCAGCGGAUUAUAUUCAGCAAGAUGAGCUUGGCGAGUAUCUCGUGCAUGAUACAAAGCGCGUUCUCCAGAGCGAACUUCGCAUUCACGGCAAGGGCAUUUCCAAAGGUACACUGACCUACACCGUUGCAUUCUAUCCCUGCCUGAACAUUGCCGAUCCUGAAGAGGAGGAGGAGGAGGCAGCAGAAGCUGCUGAAGAAAAUGGCGAUGAACCCAGGGCCUCCCUUGACAGACCACAAAGCUCCGCCUCUAAAUCUGCACCAAAGCCUUCUCUCGACGCAUCCAGAAAAUCAGUUGAUGUGUCCAGGAAAUCGGUUGAUACGGCCAAGUUGAGCGCUGCUACAGGGGAAGAUGGCCGGCCGAUCUCGCCGGCAUCUAUGAGGUCGUCGAUGUCAGUAGAGAAGAAAGGACCGCCCAAGAUACGGCUGAGCCCCGAAGAAUUGCUCAGAUAUGAGAGCGGCGUUCUCAUCUUCAGACUAUUGGAAUCGGAGAUGCCCGAGAGGGAUAGCCAACUGGAAAUUUACGUGGACGAUAUGGCUUACCCGUCCUAUACAUCUACAAUAGUGCCAUCAAAAUCUCACAAAUUUGACGAGAUUGGCGACUGUAUCAUCCGAGAGCUCGACUUUUCUCGUUUGACGAUCAAGGCGCGAAAGAAGGGCGAUGAUGCCGAAGAUACUCUGGCGUACUUGUCUGGCAAUACGUUGGAGACUUUGAAGCAAUGUCUUAACAAUCCCACAACAUUGAAGCUCAAGAGCGAUGAUGGCAAGUCCAGCUGGGUUAAGGUUAGCCUCAAAUAUAUCCCCCUCAAGAUGGACUUGGACCCCAGCGAAAGUAUCAACAACAUGGGCAACCUCCGCGUCGAUGUCUUGAGCGGCACAGACUUGCCAUCGGCAGACAGAAACGGGAAGAGCGACCCUUACUGCAAGUUCGAGUUGAACGACGUGGAAGUAUACAAGACCAAGGUACAGAAGAAGACAUUAUCGCCAGUGUGGAACGAGUUCUUUGAGGUCUCUGUGCCAUCAAGGACAGGAGCCCACUUUGUGUGCAACGUCUACGAUUACGACUUUGCGGACAAGCCUGAUUUCCUGGGCGCCACCGUCAUCAGACUAGACAAUCUCCAGCCUUUCAAGGCCAUGGAGCAGAGCUUCCCGCUGGAUGGCAAGUCGGGAAGCAUUAAACUCCGAAUGGUUUUCCGUCCCGAUUACGUUACUCGUGCAAGACAAGGCACGUCAACGUUCCAGGGAACUUUUGGCGGUACCUCUCGCAUCGUUACUGGAGUAGCUGGAGUGCCGUUCAAGGGAGCCACCGCUGUAGGACACGGCGUGGGCAGAGGUGCCUCGUUCUUGAAGCGCGGCAUCCUUGGUAAAAAGGAUCGAGAUGACCCCAACGGUUCGUUAUCGGAGCUCACAGAGGUGCCUACAGUACCAAGCAUCAUCACCAAUGGCAGUGAUUUCCCCAUCAGCAACAGCAAUUCCAACCCCAGCACCAGGCCAACAACCAGCGCCGUGGAUGGUUCUAGGGAUAUCCCUCCGCAUCUGACACCCGAGGGCUCUGGUCAUAAUAGAACCAGGAGCUUCGGCAGCUCUUCGGUGCACAGCGCCAUGGGCUUUGGAGCUCCCACCGGAACAGCAACGUUUACCAUUGUUGGCGCUUCUGGCUAUUCUCAGUCCACAGACCUGUACAUCCUCAUCACCCAAAUCUCGCCUAGGGAAAAAGUUGUUGGAAAAACGAAGCACUACAAGUCGCCCAAUGGGCAGUGGACCUAUGACGAGACGUUCCGUUUCAGCUGCACUCCUGAUGCACAGUUCAAGAUUGAGGCCAGAGGUGAACAUUUGUUUGGUAGCGAUGAUGGUCUAGGAGAGCAUUUUUACUUUGUGGACGAGCAUGGUAGCGCUGGUGCAAAGGAUCUCAGUGUUGGCGCUGGCACGGUGACAGUCAAGAGCUCUUUUCAACCUGCGGAGGAGAAGUAUCCCGACAGCCCCAAGUCCUUCUCACGACGCGGCUUUCUGAGCAAGCGAGAGCCGCGGAGUCGGGACCCAACGCCAAAUCCUUGA